ACUUUCUCUAUAGGAUAACAGUGGAGCGAGCUGUGGACGGGAUUUGUGGCUCCAUUUUCUUCACCUCAGAAUUAAAAAAAAAAGAAAGAGAAAAUCGAGUGACUCGAAAAUGUACCCAGGUAAUACUGCAAAAGAGCAUCUUCGUCUAGAUUUUUUGUGGAUAUUUCUUGGGCCUGCCUUUCGUGUCGAUUCUCUCGCAAACCUGAACUAGAACUCAGCGUAUGUGCCUCAACUUCUGUUCCCCCUCCUCCUUCGUUUGCAAUCCCGAUUGGUUGUUCCUGCAGAAGGUUUUUCUCCCAACAAAAGCUAUCAUUUCUUCCUCCUCCUCCGUGCAUGUCUGACUGCAGUAGAGGUGGAUUGCGUACUUUUUACAAUUCAAGAUUUCUGUUGUAAGUUCCGUUGAAGUAAAAUGUUUGAUCAGGCUUGAGCUGGGUUGUGCUUUGAUUAUCAAUGGCGAUUCUGCUCAACUUAAUGUCUCCUGUCUCAAAGCCAUCCUUGGGAUACACAAGAAAGUCUGGUGGGUUUUACUCCCAUGUGCCGAAUUUGCACUCCUUCUCUCUGAGCAAGGGCUUUGCCAGAGCUCUGGCAUCUACCCAGAUCACCAUUUCUUCCAAGGACUCCGUUUCUGCGUUGCCCAAUUGGAGGCUUGGCGGCAAGACUGAUCCAAGAGGCAAAGACCUCAGACUCAAUGAUGCAUUCCAGAAUUUGGAUGACAUGGUCGCGAAGGGCCAAAAGCCUGAUGUCAACCAGGCAACUCAGCUCUUGUAUGAUCUGUGCAAGGCCAAUAAGUUGAAAAGGGCAAUCAGGGUCAUGGAGAUGAUGGCCAGUUCAGGAAUCAUUCCCAAUGCAGCUUCAUACACUUACCUGGUGAACCAUUUGUGCAAAAGGGGUAAUGUCGGGCAUGCGAUGCAGCUCAUCGAGAAAAUGGAAGAAUAUGGGUACCCGACCAACACGGUCACCUACAAUUCGAUCAUCCGGGGUCUUUGCAUGCAUGGGAAGUUUAGCCGGAGCCUUCAGCUCUUAGAUAAAUUGAUGCGGAAGGGGUUGGUUCCGAAUGCCUUCACGUACUCGUUCUUGCUUGAGGCUGCUUAUAAAGAAAGAGGGGUGAAAGAAGCGAUGAGGCUUCUGAACGAGAUUGUUGCUAAGGGCGGGAAGCCGAAUUUGGUUAGUUAUAAUGUUCUGUUGACUGGUUUGUGCAAGGAAGGCAAGACAGAAGAGGCAAUCAAAUUCUUUAGGGAUUUGCCGUCAAGAGGGUUCAGUCCUAACGUAGUUAGCUAUAAUAUUCUGUUGAGGAGUUUGUGCUAUGAAGGGAGGUGGGAGGAGGCGAACGAACUUUUAGCUGAGAUGGAUGGUGGGGAUCGUGUACCUUCCAUAGUCACUUACAACAUUUUGAUCAGUUCGCUUGCCCUCCAUGGCAAGACCGAACAAGCUCUGGAGGUACUGGAGGAAAUGGCGCAAGGACAGUUCAAGCCCACGGCCACUACCUAUAAUCCGAUAAUUGCCCGGCUUUGUAAAGAAGGGAAGGUGGAUCUCGUAGUUAAAUGUCUAGACCAGAUGAUUUUUCGGCAAUGUAAUCCUAAUGAGGGAACUUACAAUGCAGUUGCUAUUCUUUGUGAAGAGGGUAAGACACAGGAGGCGUUUUCCAUUAUUCAUAGCUUGCGAAACAAGCAAAGUUCCACGACGCGCGAGUUCUACAAGAGCGUCAUUUCAAGCUUGUGCAGAAAAGGAAACACUUGUGCAGCUUUCCAGCUUCUUUACGAAAUUACAAAGCACGGGUUUACUCCUGAUUCAUUUACGUACUCAUCUCUGAUCAGAGGCUUAUGCCUGGAGGGUAUGCUAGAUGAGGCCAUCGAAAUCUUUGGUAUAAUGGAGGAAAAUGAGCAGAAGCCAGACGUAGACAAUUACAAUGCGCUUCUGCUCGGUUUCUGUAAGUCGCGGAGGACGGAUUUGUCCUUGGAAGCUUUUGUGAUGAUGAUUGAGAAAGGGAACAUGCCUAAUGAAACAACUUAUACCAUUCUGGUGGAAGGACUUGCUCACGAAGACGAGAUGGGGUUGGCGGCAGAAGUUUUGAAAGAGCUGCUAGCGAAGCAAUUCCUGAGCCAGAGCACUGUAGAAAGACUUGUUAUGCAGUAUCGCCUGGAAGGUGUACCUACAUGAAAUUAUAGAUAGCCACUAGUAGCAAAGAGAACUGAAUAGCGGCCCUUUCGGUUACCUUAGUCGUAUGUGGUAUCAUCCUGCAGGAACAAGCUGUUUUGGGCCAGUCGGAUUAAGAGCAUACUUAUCCUGUGCAUUUUUUGUUGGGACAAAGACUGCUUUCGGCGAUUUUACUUGAUCAUGCUUCUAGAAUGUAUAGAAGAAGAACAGCACAUGUUAUUCUUUUGACGCUCAUUGUUUGUCUCAGGUACUCCUGUAUGUUGGCCAAGCUUGUAAAUGCUGCUAAGGUCUUGGGCAAUGUUGACUUGUUCAGUUGUUUCCAUCCCAGAAAGUUGCCCUAGAGAUGAGCAUUUCGAUGGUCGGUGCACGGGGACUUUCCCAAGAAAAACGACAGCAAGACAAUUACGCAGAGGUCGUAACAUUGAGUGAUGAGAAAGUAGCGCAUUCCUACGGCUGAAGCAGCAUGAAUACCAUGUAAUGUUUGGUCUUGCAUCUGCCUUGGAAAUUCAUGGAUGUGUGCUGGUCGAUUCGUACCAUACUUUUGAUAACAUUUAGUUACAUUUUGAAGUUUGAA